AUGGCACUAGUGACGCAGUCGUGGGAUGGCGCGACGGACGCGGAUCUAGAGCAGCUGAUCGGGAGGGGCGCCCCCGACCAACCCCACGCGCGCCUCUCCCUUCCCCCCGCGCGCCCCGUGUCGCUCUUCCCGCCGGCCACGGCCCGCGCCCGCGCCUCGCUCAUCCCACUCUGCCGCUCACGCGCAUCACCCGUGCCCCGAGCCUCCCUCGCCGCCCGUCCGCCGCUCGCCCUGGCUGCACACACGCACGGUGGCCGCGCUUGGCUGCGCCCGCCGCUUGCCCCGCCGCGGCUCCCGCUCCGCUCCGGCCGCGCCACCACCUCCAGCCGACGCCGCAGCCGCGCCGCUCGCCGGCCUCUGUGCUCUACUGCCGCCGUGUGCCUCGACCUCGCGCACCUGUCGCCCACCUCCCCGCGGCCACCCCAGGCCACCAGCCUCUCGCUGCUCCGGCGCCCUACCGUGGCCGCCGGUGCCCAGUCAGGCAACGGCUCCCUUCGCCGCACGCCCGACGCCGCGCCUCCCCGGAUCCCGUCGCCGGAGCCACCUCGCUGGAGCUGCCCCGCCGCCCUCUUCGUCGUCGACCUCGUCCCUAUCCUCCUGCUCGACACCUACUGCCUUAGUCCUUACGCUCACACGGUGAGGCCCCGGCCUCUCAUCCUUCCCCUGUCCCCGUACGCACACCCCGCCUCCCGCCUCGGCUCCGCCGCGCCAGGCCUCGUCGGCGCCAUCUCCCAGUCAAGCUUGUCCGCAGCCCUACGCGAUGCGACUUGCCGCCCCGCCCGCGCGCGCCCCCACUGCCCCAUGGCCGCGCCCCGACCAACCCCACGCGCGCCUCUCCCUUCCCCCCUUUCGCGCCCCGUGCCGCUGUUCCAGCCGUCCACGGCCCGCGCUGGCGCCUCGCUCAUCCCACUCCGCCGCUCACGCGCAUCACCCGUGCCCCAGGCCUCCCUCGCCGCCCGUCCGCCGCUCGCCCUGGCCGCACACACGCACGGUGGCCGCGCCUGGCUGCGCCCGCCGCUUGCCCCGCCGUGGCUCCCGCUCCGCUCCGGCCGCACCACCACCUCCAGCCGACGCAGCCGCCACCCCGCUCGCUGGCCUCUCUGCUCUACUGCCACCGUGCGCCUCGACCUCGCACGCCUGUCGCCCACCUCCCCGCGGCUACCCCAGGUCAACAGCCUCUCCCUGUUCUGGCGCCCUACCGUGGCCGCCGGCGCCCCGUCAGGUGCGGCCCUAUCGGCCACGCCCGCUGCACGCAUUCGGGAUGCCCCCGCGCCCGUAAACCCGUCGGCCGCGCGCCCGCUAAGGCCUCUGGCCAAUGACAUGAGGGGCCCACGCCCCUGA